UUUCUUUUAAGACCCAGUAGCCCAAAACCCACCCCCAGCCGCCCAAGCCCAUCCUUAUCUCCUUGAACCCAGUAGCUCUCUCCUCCCGCAGUCCCUCUUCUAAACCUCGAGCGGGUCUUCUUCAGUAAAACCUGUGGUCUGGAUCAAAUUCUUCUGCCCUUUAUCUUCUUCUUCUUCAGUUUUUCUUAGGUUGCUUCACCUCCGAUGACUUAACUCUAAAAGCUGGAGUUCAAUCAGAUGGUAUUUAAUUAGCUAUUAAUUGUUGGGACUUGGGACCUCCUAACGAUGCCGGCAUUAAUCUCGCCAAGGUUGCUCCUUUUUGGAGAGUCUCUAUCCUUCCAUAAGUUCCCACAUGUUUCUAGGAAUGCUUGGUUCCAUAGAAGUGUUUGUAGUCUGAGUCUUGCAAGCCUCGGCUUCAAAAAUGAUCACGAAAUAGUAGAGACUGGGAAAUUCAACGAAGCCAAGCUGCGGAAUUCUCUUACAGAAGUCCCCAAAAGUAAAGCCAAGGUGGUUAGAAGCCAUGUAGUCAAGGCAGCUGGGCCACAUAGAUCGCUUGAAAUAGAUUCGACUAUCUUUAAUGCUAAAUCAUUUUUUGAGCUUGGGCUUCCACCUUUGUUGAUAGAGAGGUUAGAGAAGGAAGGCUUUAAGACUCCAACUGAUGUUCAAGCCACUGCAAUUCCAACAAUUCUUAAAGAUCAUGAUGUUGUGAUUCAAUCUUACACAGGCUCAGGAAAAACAUUGGCUUAUCUUCUUCCCAUCCUCUCUGAAGUUGGCCCGCUAAAGACAAGAACAUCUGAUGAUGAUGGUGAACCUGGGAAGAAAACAGACAUAGAAGCAGUAAUUGUGGCUCCUUCAAGGGAGCUGGGUAUGCAAAUUGUGAGAGAGUUUGAGAAGAUAUUAGGACCUGCAAACAAAAAAGUAGUUCAGCAGCUUGUAGGGGGUGCAAAUCGAUCAAGACAGGAAGAAGCACUGAGGAAAAAUAAACCUUGCAUUGUUGUUGGGACCCCGGGAAGGAUUUCGGAGAUUAGUGCAGCUGGGAAGCUUCACACCCAUGGCUGCCGUUUCUUGGUCUUAGAUGAGGUUGAUCAACUGCUUUCAUUUAAUUUUCGGGAGGACAUGCACCGGAUAUUGGAACAUGUUGGGAGGAAAUCCAGUGGAGACUCACGUGGACCAAAAGGCUCCCUUGCCAAGCGGGCUGAGCGUCAGACUGUUCUGGUUUCUGCCACAGUACCAUUUUCAGUGAUACGAGCAGCCAGGAGCUGGGGGCACGAUCCACUUCUCAUCCAAGCCAAAAAAGUCAUUUCCAUUGAAUCUAUUUCUCCCUCUGGACCCAUUAAUUUGUCAGGACAGUCAACCAGUUCUGAUCCAUCCUCAAAUGUGCAGACUCAGGCUGCAAUACAGAGCCUACCUCCAUCUCUAAAACACUACUACUGCGUUACAAAGUUACAACACAAGGUUGACACGUUGAGAAGAUGUGUCCAUGCUCUUGAUGCCAAGUCCGUUAUCGUCUUCAUGAACCACACUAAGCAACUAAAAGAUACCGUCUUCAAGCUGGAGGCUCGUGGAAUGAUAGCAGCAGAGCUACAUGGGGAUCUUGGUAAACUUGGUAGGACAACAACUCUGAAAAAGUUCAAGAAUGGGGAGGUUAGAAUUCUGGUGACUAAUGAACUUUCAGCAAGGGGUUUGGAUGUGGCAGAAUGUGAUCUUGUAGUCAAUCUGGACUUACCCACAGACUCUAUUCAUUAUGCACAUCGAGCUGGUCGGACUGGUCGGCUUGGCAGGAAGGGCACUGUCGUAACAAUAUGCGAAGAGUCAGAAGUUUUUGUUGUGAAGAAGCUGCAGAGGCAGCUUAGCAUUCCAAUUGCAACUUGUGAGUUCACAGAGGGCAAGUUUGUUAUCACCGAAGAAGAGAAGGCUCUACCAGCUCUGAGGUGAUGAUAGUUUACUACCUAUACUUAUUGCAGUGUUGCAACUUUUGGAAAUUGCAAUAAGUUAAUUCACUAAUAUAAUUCCUCAUAGAAAAGUUUAUUAAUAUAGUUAUGUUUUUUAGCAUACUGUGAGAACAAUGAGGGGUUGGUGCAAUCAAUGAACUAAAUGAUCCAAA